GUCACACUGGCGCACACAAACCCGAAUGCAGUUUGUUUAUUAUCUUGCUUGUAUUUGCAUUUAUUUGGACUAAAAAAACGUGACUUGCAAAUGAAGCAUCUCCUGGAGGAUCCUUUAAUCCUGGCCGACCUUCAGGUGCUCCCCAAGAAGUCCGAUUUCGCCAAGGAUGGCCAUGAGACGGCCGAGAAUCCAGCAGAGAAAUCCCCGCCUGUUGAACAACUGCCGGAUUCUGGUGAGGAUUUGCAACAGGACAAGGAUACCCUAUGCCAGUUGGCCUGCAGCCUGCACAAGUUGUCCAAGGAUGAUCAUAUAGUAAUCGACCGCAAGCGCAAUCAAGUGAUUCGCACGGAUGCGGUGACCCAGCAGAUGACCAUUUAUCGCUGCCUGGAUCCCGUCGGCAUGGGCAUGCGUCCGCCAUUGCCGAAAAAUGUCAAAUGUCCGCCGCCCAAAGUGGGAAGACCAGUGAAAAGAGCCAGUUCAGCGGUGGCCACAGCGCCUGCAGCCAAAAAGUCGCCAAUGGUAAAGGAACAACCUGCUCCCUGCUCCAAUCCCGACGUCCUGCGCACUCGUUCCGGCCGCCAGGUGCGCGGCUCCAUGGCCCAGCCAGCUCCCGUGACCAAUGGCCCUGCCCGCCAGGAGCCCAGUUCCGCUCAGAUGCUGGAGAUGCUGGUGGCAGACUUGCGGGACAAGGACUACCGGGCACCCAGCAUGCCAGCGCCGAAGGGCGAUAGCAGCAGCCAGGAGAUUGCUACAAUGCCCACGCCACGUGCCGUGCCCAAAAAUGCCGUUUGCCCGGGCUGUGGAAAGAUCUUCUUGGGCCGCCGACUGCAGCGGCACUUUGUCAAAUUCCCGGAGCACAUGUCACAUCCUAGCGGGCAAUCAUCAGGAGCAGGAGCAGGAGCUGCGGCAGUACCAGUAGCAGUAGCUUCUCCCGCUGCCCCCUCGCUCUUUGGCCUUCUGACCGCCCAACUGCAGCGGCAUUCGCACCUCAGCGAGGAGCAGCGCUCCGAUCUUUUCCUGAACGAACUGAACGACUUUGUGGAGCAGCUGCAGUUGCGCAGCCAGCGUCUCAUAAGGAAUACCUCAGGACUGCACUUUGUAAAUGCCCGAAUGGCACGCGUGUUGGGCAUACCCGAGGGUCAGUAUGCCCUGGACAUGUCCGCCAUGGAAUCUCCGCAGGCUCCCAUGCCCGAGCCCGAAAGCGCAGCUCUUGUUGCCGGCGGCGACGGCGGAGGAGCUCGCAAUCUGGUGGUCUACGCCGAGUUGAGCAUGUCGCUGGACGAUCCGCUCACGGACGAGGCGGCACAGCGUCUGAAUCUGUCAGCGGGCGGGCAGCUCCAUCCGCCGUCGGAGGAGAGCCUCCUCAGGAAUGUCAGCGAUCUCAUGCAGCCUCCGGUGGCAGCUGCUCCUCCGACCGUGAAUCAUGGCUACGAUCAUGCCAGCGACAAUGCCGUGGAGGCCCUAACCAUGAAGGAAACGCCCAACACGGAGGCCAUUCUCGAUCUCAACGUGGACUUCUUCCAGUUCAACCCGAAUUAGUUAGGAAGUAAGAGUUUUAAGAUUUUAUCUUUACAAAUGAAGCAAUUUUGAGAACUUUGGGAAUUCAUGUAAAACAUUUCAAUGAUUUUUUUUAUACCGCAAAAAAUGGUUUUAUAGAACAUAACAUCUAUUCAAACACAAAACACGAAGUUAUCUAAAUUUGUUGAUCUUAAAACAGGAAAAAUAUGAAGAAUUUUUGAUUUAAGCAAGUGUUGCUUCGUUUAUGCUGAAGCAAUUGUGAAUAUAUAAACGUAGAUAUUUUAAUUUUUAAUUUUGUAUUCCCCUUUCUGAAAGAAGUAAAAAAUGGUUGGAAAUUUACUAUGUAAAUAUAUAAAUAAGAGACGAAUAAUAUUUUUGAUUAUCUACUGUUGUCAAGAGAAGAGACACUUUGUUUAUGAAAUAUUGAAACUGUAUAAUUGAAAAUGGAUCUUCCCAAAGACCGCCUCCUAUGAAUUAUUUUUAUACGCACGUACAAUUAAUGGAAAUCAAAGUAUCUUACAAUUAAUACACCAAUGUGAAUGGACGAGUGGCUAAAAAUGCCCCGGUUGAUUGAAAUUAUUUAUGAAGUACUUAACUUGGCUCACGACAGAUGCCCAUUAAAUGAAUUUUGCCACCCUGAGUUUCGAAAUGGAUGCGUUAUUAUUUGGCAGAACAUUUGCUAGUGAUAAAUAUCUUUUGCCGUGUGGCUUUAUAUUUGUGAUUACUACACAGCAAUUUGUGGGCUAAUAAAUUACUUGUAUCAACAAUAUUGUUAGCCAAAUUGUAAAUUCAACGGGUGUGGUAAAUGGGAUUUUACUUUUCCUUAAUAGAUUUUGAAUAGAUUUUGUAUUUUUUCAUCCAA